AUGGCAGCUAUAGAGAGCUUCGACGGCAUCUAUUUGGACCUCUCCAAGGAGAGCGGCAAGUGCAGAUUUGCCGAGAGCGGUCUCGGCUGGAAGCCAUCUGGUGGCGGCGACACCUUCACUCUCGAUCACAGCACAAUUGCUUCGGCGCAGUGGAGUCGAGCUGCCAAGGGCUACGAGAUCAAGAUUCUUAACCGAGACUCGCGCAUCAUCCAGCUUGAUGGUUUCCAACAAGAGGACUACGAGCGUCUUGCCAAGCUCUUCAAGAACUGGUACAGCACCGCCCUCGAGAACAGGGAGCACGCCCUCAGGGGAUGGAACUGGGGCAAGGCCGACUUUGGAAAGGCUGAGCUGUCUUUCAACGUCCAGAACCGCCCUGCGUUCGAAAUUCCCUACUCCGAAAUCUCAAACACCAACUUAGCGGGUCGUAACGAGGUUGCGGUCGAAUUCUCAGCUCCCACGGACAAGAACGAUACUGGCACCAACGGCCACCUGGGCGGUGCGCGCGGAAAGGGCAAGAAGGCGGGUGCCGGCAAGGACCAGCUCGUCGAGAUGCGAUUCUACAUCCCCGGAACCGUCAAGAAGGAAGUGGAGGGUGAUGAGGCUGGUAGCGACGCCGGCGGCGAAGAGGAGAAGAAUGCAGUCACCCUGUUCUACGAUACCCUGAUGGAGAAGGCCGAGAUUGGCGAGACCGCAGGCGAUACUAUCGCUACGUUCCUGGAUAUUCUCCAUCUCACACCCAGAGGUCGUUUCGAUAUCGACAUGUAUGACGCGUCUUUCCGCCUCCGUGGUAAGACGUAUGACUACAAGAUCCAGUACGACGCCAUCAAGAAGUUUAUGGUGCUUCCCAAGCCAGACGAGACCCAUGUGCUUCUUUGCGUUGGCCUGGACCCGCCCCUGCGCCAGGGUCAGACGAGAUACCCGUUCAUCGUCAUGCAGUUCAAGAAAGACGAGGAGGUGACGAUCGAUCUCAACCUCACCGAGGAACAAAUAGACGAGCGGUACAAGGACAGACUCCAGCCUCACUACGAGCAGCCUCUUCACCAAGUCAUCACCUACAUCUUCCGAGGACUUGCCAACAAGAAGAUCACAACGCCCGCCAAGGACUUCCAGACUCACCGCAACCAGUUCGGCAUCAAGUGCUCGAUCAAGGCCAGCGAAGGCUUCCUGUACUGCUUGGAGAAGGCGUUCAUGUUUGUGCCCAAACCUGCGACGUACAUCGCCUACGAGCAAACAGCAUCCAUCACAUUCUCUCGUGUCGGCGGUGCCGUUUCUGCGCUGUCAACCUUUGAUAUCACCGUGCAGAUGAAGAACGGCGCUGGCUCGUCACAAUUCAGCAACAUCAACCGCGAGGACCUCAAGGGGCUCGAGGAAUUCUUCAGACUCAAGGGAUUGCGUGUUAAGAACGAAAUCGAUGAGGAGACCAACCUCAUUGCCGCAGCCAUGCGCGACCAAGCCAUGGACGACUCGGAAGAGGAGGUUGUCGGCGCCGCCAAGGCGGACCGUGGCUCAGCCGACGAGGACGAAGAGAGUGUCGACGAGGACUUCAACGCUGAGAGCGAAAGUGACGUUGCCGAAGAGUUUGACAGUGACCACGAGAGUUCUGGCUCAGGCAGCCAGGAGAGUGACGUGGAUAACGACAACGGUGGUGAUGAUGGCGAGGAUGACGAAGAAGAGGAAGAGGAGAGGCCCAAGAAGAAGAAGAAGACUGGUUGA